AUGAGUAGCAGCACUGUGCUCAACACUCUUCGUUCGAAACACCCGAAGCUAGCAUUACUCCAAUCCUGCUCUUCCUUCACCGACCUCAAGAUCAUCCAUGCCUUCCUCAUACGAACCCAUCUCAUCUCCGACGUCUUCGUCGCCAGCCGUCUCCUCUCCCUCUCCAAAUCAACGCAACACGCCUACAGAAUCUUCUCCCAGAUCCAAAGCCCGAACCUUUUCGUCUUCAACCUACUCAUCCGCACCUUCUCCACAAGCCCAGAACCCAGCAAAGCUUACAACUUCUACACCCAGAUGCUGAGCCUUCGCAUUCGGCCAGAUAACAUCACGUUUCCGUUUCUCGUCAAAGCCUCCGCCGAGAUGGAGUCCCUGACUUCCGGAGAGCAGAUUCAUUCCCACAUCGUUAGAUUCGGGUUCCACAACGAUGUCUACGUGGAGAACUCGCUUGUUCACAUGUACGCUGCUUGCGGGCCGUCGUCGAUCGUCGCCGCGGGGAGAGUCUUUGGAGGGAUGUCGUUUCGUGACGUGGUUUCGUGGACUUCUAUGGUGGAUGGGUACUGCAGAUGCGGGUCCGUCGACGAUGCGCGAGAGAUGUUCGACGAAAUGCCGCACAGAAAUUUGGUGACGUGGAGUAUUAUGAUUAAUGGGUAUGUGAAGAAUAAGUGUUUCGAGAAAGCGGUUGAGUUGUUUGAAGUGAUGAAACGGGAAGGUGUUGUCGCGAAUGAGACGGUUAUGGUGAGUGUUGUUUCUUCUUGUGCUCAUUUGGGUGCGCUUGAGGUUGGAGUAAAGGCGCAUGAGUAUGUGGUUGAGAAUGGAAUGACUGUGAAUCUUGUUCUUGGGACGGCUCUUGUGGAGAUGUACUGGAGGUGUGGGGAAGUGGAGAAAGCGAUUCGUGUGUUUCAGGAGGAGUUGCCUGAGAAGGAUAGCUUGAGCUGGAGUUCGAUCAUCAAAGGUCUUGCUGUGCACGGACAUGCUCACAAGGCGAUUCGUUACUUCUCUGAAAUGGUUAGGUUAGGGUUUGUACCAAGAGAUGUUACGUUCACUGCGGUUCUUUCGGCUUGUAGCCACGGUGGGUUGGUUGAGAAAGGUUUGGAAUUAUAUGAGAUGAUGAAAAGGGAAUAUAGGAUCGAGCCUAGGCUAGAGCAUUAUGGUUGCGUUGUUGACAUGCUUGGCCGUGCUGGAAAGCUAGCAGAAGCUGAGAACUUUAUCCUUGAGAUGCCGGUGAAGCCAAAUGCUCCUAUAUUGGGAGCUUUGCUUGGAGCAUGUAAGAUCUAUAAGAACGCUGAAGUGGCAGAGAGAGUAGGGAACAUGUUGAUAGAGGUGAAACCAGAACAUAGCGGCUACUAUGUCUUGCUCUCAAAUAUUUACGCGUGUGCAGGAAAAUGGGAGAAAAUAGAGAGCUUGAGGGAUAUGAUGAAGGAGAAGCUUGUUAAGAAACCACCAGGGUGGAGUGUAAUAGAGAUUGAUGGGAAAAUAAACAAGUUCUCCAUGGGAGAUGAUCAUCAGAAUCAUCCUGAAAUGGGUAAGAUCAAAAGGAAGUGGGAUGAGAUUUUGGGGAAGAUUAGAUUGGUAGGGUAUAAGGGAAACACAGGAGAUGCGUUUUUUGAUGUAGACGAAGAAGAGAAGGAGAGUGCGAUUCAUAUGCAUAGCGAGAAACUUGCUAUUGCGUAUGGUAUGAUGAAGACUAAGCCUGGUACAACAAUUAGGAUAGUGAAGAACUUGAGAGUGUGUGAAGAUUGCCAUACAGUAACAAAACAUAUCUCUGAGGUUUAUGGUAGAGAGUUUAUUGUAAGAGACCGGAAUAGAUUUCAUCAUUUUAGAAAUGGAUUAUGUUCAUGCAGAGAUUAUUGGUGACAGUUGAUUCA